CUACCUACUAACGUAGGAGUAUUAUCUUCAUUACAAAGUACUUUGGUACAACUGUUCCCUAUCGUACUUCAAAAGUGAAAAGUGUGUCAUUUUAGAAAGCAAACUUUGCUUCUUCUGUAGAGCUACUGAUUUCCUUAACUGUGUUCACUAGUACUAGAGCAUACUUUCUAGCAUAAUGUUUGUGCUGAUAGGUAUAAUUGUAAUUUUGUUGGCAGUUUGGUACUGUGUGGCAGUACAACGAAAAAUAACUUUGAAGCAUCUGUUCAGAGAAACUAGCUAUCAAGCGUAUUAUUACCUUCUUGGGGGGAAAGGAAUUCUGGAAGAUUAUGUGUACUUCAGACAGAAUAAAACUCCUCUGUUACCUAAACUGGGUGAAGUAGCUGUUAUUACUGGAGGUGCUCGAGGAAUAGGAGUGGAAGUAGUGAAGAAAUUGUUACAAUGUGGCAUGCAUGUUGUGAUUGGAUGCCGGAACGUUGAUGCAGGGGAGAAAGUUGCAAAGAACAUUCGGUCAUGUGGCAUAACAAGUGGAGAAGUAUCAUGCUUCCUUCUUGAUGUAGGAUCUUUCAAGUCCAUCAGGAAAUUUGCAGAAUUGAUCCUGAACCAUUUUCCUCGGGUAGAUUUGUUGAUUAAUAAUGCCGGAAUAAUGUUUGUACCAUAUGCUGAGACUGAAGAUGGAUUUGAGUCCCAUUUUGCAGUAAAUUACUUGGGACAUUGUCUGCUAUCACAUCUGUUGCUACCUCAUAUGAUACACACUGCUAAAGAAAAAGGCAGUAAUUGUAGAAUAGUGAAUGUUUCAUCUUGUGCUUAUUUAGCAGGUUCAAUUCACUUCAAAGACUUAUCUAUGAGUGCAUACUACAUUCCUAGUGCUGCUUAUGCACAAUCAAAACUAGCACAAGUGCUCUUCACCAAGUCUCUUGAUUCAAAGCUGAGGAACCGUAAUAUUCCAGUCCAAGUACACGUUGUUCAUCCUGGAAUUGUGAACACUGAUUUAUUUAAUGGCACGUUGCUUAAGACAGUUGCUCCUUGGAUACCAGCUUUACUAUUUAAGACUCCGGAACAGGGAGCAGAAACUAUUCUUCAUGCAUGCUUGGCUUCUGCUCUCGAAGGUUGUGGCGGUUCUUACCUCAGCAACUGUAGUGAGACAACAGUCAGUCCAAAAGCAAGUUCACAGAAAGUUCAGGACAGACUGUGGAGUGUUAUGCUGUCGUCUAUAGAAGUAGAAAAAUUUGCAGAUUUGUUAGAGUAAAUUCUGCAGUUGGUAAUUUAUUCUGCAUAUAUUUUUUAACUUUAAAAUAAGAGUGAUAAACAAUUUAUAUAAAAGUAAAUAUAUUUUUAUGUAUUUCUAUAUGUUGAGGUUGAUUGGUCCUCAUAUUACCUAAGGAACUUAUUGAAGUCUGAACAGCUGAACAGUUAAUGUUCAUUUGGCUAUAGAUUUAUUGUCAUAUGAGUGUGGGGGAUUAUAACCUAGAUUGGCAAUUCUUGAUGGAGAGCAGGCUAGAGACUUUUACCAAUAUUGAUUCUGGUUAAGUCUACAGGUUGUGUGUUUUGCUAAGCUUUAUCUGCUGAUUUUUGGUGCGUAGUAAGAAGGGAUUAAAUGUGUAGACAUUACAUUUUACUUAAGCUGCUACGUCUGAGCGGCAAAGAUAUAACAGCACUCAUAUCAUAAGAAUGGCCUGUAAAAGAAAAAUACAGUGAAAGUUUAUCUAAAUUUUAUAAUAUUAUGGACAGAUCAUCCAAAUCAUCCAUAGUGUUUGCUCAGUAUGUUCAGAAAUAUGUUUACUUAUUAAGAUCUGAAACACAUUUGAACAAUUUUUAUAUUUAUACAUCUCUUUUGCUUGGUUCGAGGGUCUUGAGUGAAAUGCUGAUUUAAGCCCCUUAUUUCCGAGCACCAGAGAUAUUUAAUGAAUAAUGCAAUAUUUAGAUGUGCUCUUUUGUUAAAGGUAUGUUUUAAUGGAUCACUGUGAACUAAAAUUAUUUUUUUUAAAUUGUUUAUAUGGAUCUCCCUUACCAGAGUGCUUCUAAAUAUAUCAUGUAGUAAAGGUCUCGACUUAUUUUGAGAGAUUAUUGUGUGUGUAAACACAAAUCACUAAAAUUUACAUUGCACCAAAUACUCAGUAUUAUAAUCACUAAACACUGUUUAACAGUCUUAUUACUGCUCAAAGUAGAGGAAGAUCACAAAUGUCAGAAUCAUGCUUGAAACUCAAUUUAAAACUAUAUGGCAGCACGAUUUAAAUCAAAAGGAAUGUUUUUUCAUUGCUAAGGGAGUUAAAUUGAAUAAUGGAGCAAAUGGAUAAUAUGCUGUGAUUUGAACUGAAGUCUAAUUUCACAGUAUGUAGUAAUAUGAUGAUGACAACUAUAGUUUAAUCCUGCAACAAUGAGUUUUUA